UGCACCGAGCGUGCGUCCGUGCCUGUGCAUCCUGAAAACAGCUGACCCGCUGCUGCUGAACUGCCAACCCCACAACGGACAAAAUGAACACAAACGAUGCGAAGGAAUAUCUCUCCAAACGACAGAUCCCCCAGCUGUUUGAGAGCAUGCUGACAGGCCUGAUGUUCCACCGGCCAGAGGACCCUCUGCUCUUCCUGGAGAGCUGCAUCCAGAAGACGAGGGAGCUGGGCGGGGCCGAGGGCGUGGCCUGGGACACCUUCAUCACGCCAGACCGCCGCCCGCUGCCGCCCAUCGCGGCCCCGCAGGCCAAGAAGGCUGCAGGGAAACUCGAGGGUGCCAGUGGUCCCGGGCCGGGUCCAGGCCAGAUGACAGGUCCGGGUCCCGGUCCAUAUCGCCGGUAUGAGCGCCUGCCACCCAUCCAGGCCCAGUUCUCCAUCGAGAGCGACUCGGACAUGACCGAGUCUUCGGGCCUCAUUCAGGAGUACGAUUUGUUCGACCCCACCAAGCCGCGGCCACACAUCAUUUUCGUCAUCGGUGGUCCUGGCAGUGGCAAGGGCACCCAGACCCUCAAGAUGGCAACUCAUUACGGCUUCGAGUGCGUGUCGGUGGGUGAGAUCCUCAGGAACCAGCUGCUGCACCACGCCACUACGGACAGGAAGUGGGAGCUCAUCGCACAGAUCAUAGCCAAUGGGGAACUAGCGCCUCAGGAGACCACCAUUGAGGAGCUGAAGCACCAAUUCAUGAAGAAGCAGGACUCCAAUGGCUUCAUUGUAGACGGCUUCCCACGCGAAAUCGCUCAAGCAUUCACCUUCGAGGAGCAGAUUGGCUCCCCUGAUCUGGUGAUCCUGCUGGCCUGCUCCAAUCAGCAGCUGCGACAGCGUCUGGAGAGGCGGGCUGCCCAACAGGGUCGCCCCGACGACAACGCCCACGCCAUCGAGAAACGCCUGGAGACCUUCAAGCACAACAUCACGCUCAUCGCCAAAUACUACCAGGAGAGGGGCCUCAUCGUCCGGAUUGAUGCGGACCGGGGGGAGGAUGACAUCUUCGCAGACAUCAGCUCCAUCGUGCAAGAGAGACUCUUCCCCAACGGAAAAAAUACAGAAGCCUUGGUGGGGGCGGAGUGCUCCAGUGGAGGCGUGUCCGUGCCUGACCAACCGCUUCCCUCUGCCUCGUGAAGCCACACUCACUUUGCAGCCUUGUUCCAGAACACCCUUAUCUUUCCUCAGUUUCCUCAAUGCUUCUGAUAAUGACACAAGACAUCCGCAACCCUGUGCUGAGCGGUGCUA